AUGGCGAGUUCUAAAUCUGUGUGGCGUGCUCAGGAACCUAUUAUUUUCACGUGUUCUCUGUGUGACAGUGACGACAACAUAAACUGGUAUUGUAACGACUGUCAGGAGGCGUUGUGUGAUCGCUGUAAGGAAGGCCACAUACGCGAGAGUCAAACUAAAAACGACGAUGUCGUAUCGAUACGGAAGGCUAACCGUCACGAGGACAAGCCUAUACCAGAGGUACAUGUAUGUACAUUACACCCUGACAAAGUAUGUGAGCUCUACUGCGCGGACUGCAAGGGCUUGUUUUGUUCGAUAUGUGUAUCAAAAACGCAUAAACAUCACAACUGGAAACAUUUUGAAGGGACCUUUCCAGCCAUACAGGAACAUUUAAAUGAACACGUUGCGACUAUAUCAGAAAAAGUAGAACUUUUUCAAAACGAAAUUUCGAAGCGGCAUCGUGUUAACAAAGCAAACAUCGACAAAAUUGAUACAUCUCGAAAAGAGGUGAACUCUCAGAGGACGAAGUUAAUAGCUGAAGUAAAUUCUAUCGCGGAUGCAGUGCUUGAUGAGUUAUCGGCCUUGGAGAACAAAGAAUCAGCGGCACAUCAAAGAGAUUGUCGGAGAUUUAAGAAAAAUAUUCGAGAAUUGACCAUUCUGCUUGAUAAAGUGGAAGUGUCGAAUGAAAGCAGAUCUAUCGCAUCACUGUUGGAAGUAGAAAAGUCUCUGAGGACAACUCUGUCCAGCUAUGACGUGAAUGUAAAGGUUGUUUCGAUGGAACAGCCAAAAUUUGCUGCCGGAAGUAUCAACCGUGUCAUGUUGAUGAAAAUGUUGGGUGAACUUCGCCAUGGAAACCAUUACCAGAGUAUAGACGUCGACAGUAAACAUGUUCAGUGUCUCUCUAAGUUCAGUUUUACACAACAAAAGCAAAUUUUUGGUAUAUGUCCAGUCAAUGGCAGUCAUGCCUGGUUAUCAAUGCACUUAUACAAGGGUCUAGUACUGGUCAGAAGGGAUGGUAAGGUUAUAGACACAGUUAAACUGUCCUUCUUUCCUUACAAAAUCGCCAUGUUUGGGACAGGCAUACUUAUGACCAGUUAUCCAAAUUCUUCAUUUGUGUAUAAACUGUUACUACACAAUAGACAAGUAAGAUUUACCGAUAUCAGUCCACAUGAAGCACGAGACAUCAGCAUCAACAAGACAGGCGAGGUGUGUGUAAGUACUGGAACAGAUAUAAUAGUACUGGAUCUGUCAGGUACGACAGUUAGGAAGUUGACCUGUUCCGAUUACGGAUUGGACAUUUUCUACUUGUCCUCGGCCAUAGCUGUAUCAGAAUGUAGAGAUAACUUCAUUGCUAGGAAAGUCAUCAUCAGAGAGACCCACUCAGGAGCAACAAUACACACAUGGUCCGGUGAACUGGACAACGGUCAAAAGGCUACCAGCAUGCAUCUUUGCAAGAUGGCAUGUGACAAAGACGACAGAUUGUUUGUUCCCGACUUUGAGAACCAUCAGGUGUAUGUCCUGCCUAGGAAUGGUUCACGAGCCACGUGUCUUCUUGACCAGAGUCAUGGAGUGGUCAAUCCUAUGGCCGUGGGAGUGGACGCGAGCGGGCACGUGUGGAUCGGAUGCAACAACGGAACUGUACAUGUGAUGCAUCUGUGA